GACUAAUUUAUCAACAAUUAAUAAGUUAAUAAGUAAUUUAUCAAUUACUUGAAAUUGACGGCAAGUUCUUUUGUCAAAUUACAUUCAGAUGAUGGCAGUAGGUUUGCAUCAACUAGCACGCAAGUAUUAUUCAGCCGGGGCUUACCAGAAACUUGUCGUUAAAUUAGCCGUAAGUGUUUCACUGCAGAACUUCCUGAGCAAAGGUGUGGCUAUCAGGGUAUUUUGUUAUUGACCAAUUUUAUUUUUAAAUUUUCUUGCAUUUGUUGCGUUAGCUACAUUUUCGUUCGGAUCUCUCUUAUUAAGAUUAAGUGUUUUGAUAAAACAAAACAAUGCGCAACAAACUACUGCGCAAGUUACAAUUAUCAAUAAAAAAAAACAUAUCAAAACAUAGCAACCCCAAUUCUGUAUUUUACUAAUAAAUAUAUAAAAGUAUUUUAAAUAAUAAAAAUUUUAAUGAAUAAAUUUAUCUUAAGUUAGUAGUUAAUUAAAUCUUUGUAUAAAAACAUCAAAAAUGGCAGACUCGUUAGCGAAAUACGGAUUGUUUGUUGACGAUUUAUGUAAAAUCCGUAUCCUAGAACCCGAAAUUACAACUCAGAGUGACAAAUUAAAAGACGAAUGUCACGAUUUCGUAAGCAAAAUAACAGAAUUCAAAAAAAAUUCCGAGCGGUUCAUAAAUCUGCUGGACAAAUUAGCAACGGAAGUUGAGAAAGAAAAAAUGCGUACCAUUGGCGCCAGAAAUUUAUUGAGUUCCGUUGAGAAACAACGUGACGUACAAAAACAAAAGAUCCAGGCGAUGAUAAUUGAAAAAACAAUGGAACUAGAAAGACUGAGAGUACAGUACGACUCGUUGAAAAAAAUCGAACUCGAACAACUUGAAACAAUUGAACAUUUGACUAUCAAUUAAUAUCAACACACCAGAUUUUUUUAUUAAAUAUUUUUUAAUUAAGACAGUAAAAAUAUUAAAUUAAUUUAAAUCAUUAAUUAUCAACUAUUUCUAUUAUUAUUAUUAAUAUUAUUAUUAUUAUUAGAUUUUUCAAAGGCACAUUUAAAUUCUCUGCCAACUUUCACACGAAAAAAACAAAAAAAUUUGAAAAUAAAUUUUAUUUCAAAUGAAAAAAAA